UUUGUUACAAUGGAAGACGAUGAUCAUCCGAUUAGCAAUUUACCUUGGAGAAAUAAUCGAAGAAAUCAAAUGUCUUCGUUUCCUGCUGGUAUGUCGCCAGUAGAAAGUUUACGCCAUUCUUCUUUUCGAAUACGUGAUCGUUUACUUGUUAAUCUCCUUUCUGAAUUUCUUGGAACCUUUCUUUUAGUUUUAAUUGGGUGUAGUAGUAUUGCUCAAUUUAUACUUUCUGAGGCUAAAUUGAAUAAUCAUUUACAGGUUUGUCUGGCUUGGGGUUUUGCUAUAUUUCUUGCAGUUACCGUUACUUACAAAACUUCAGGUGGACAUCUAAAUCCAGCAGUUUCCCUAGCUAUUUGUUCACUUGGAAAGCUCCCUUUUAUUCACUAUCCUUUUUACGUUGUGGCGCAAACUUUUGGAGGUUUUUUGGGAGCAGCUUUAUGUUUACAUAUUUAUGUUGAUUCUUUUGAUAAAUUUGAUGGAGGAAUUCGUUCUGUGGAUGGAAAGAAUGGGACCGGAGCUGUUUUUUGUUCCUUUCCUCAACCACACAUUUCGUUAUAUACUGCAUUUAUUGACCAAGUUGUCGGAACAGGCCUUUUACUGCUUUUUGUUUGUGCUAUUAUUGAUCAACGUAACAAGAUCCCAGGAUAUUUACAUCCCCUAUGUUUUGGUUUAACUGUUUUUCUGUUGACGUCCUCGUUUGGAAUGAAUUUGGGUACUCCAAUUAACCCAGCAAGAGAUUUUGGUCCUCGCCUAUUUAUGCUUUUUGGUGGCUAUGGAUUAGAAGCCUUUUCUUGGCGUAAUUAUUAUUUUUGGAUUCCAAUAAUCGCCCCACUCAUUGGAGCAUUACUUGGUACUUGGAUUUAUCAAUUUCUUGUUGGAAUUAAUAUACCAGAUGAAAAGGUAGAAGGAAAGGCAAAAAGAGAUGAAAUUGUUAAUAAUGAUCAUGACGCUUUAAACCUUCUUACACCCAUUUAAUUCUCAAAUCCGCAUUUUAUAAAAUAUCUAAAGCAUUUUUAAUUUAUAUAAAUUUAUUUUAAAUAAAAUGAAUAAAAUAUUAUCAAAUCAUGACUGCUAAAGUCAGUCAAAAUCCUCCUUCCUCUACUUGUCGGUGAAUAGUCUUUCUGUGAGAAGAUUUUGUCCGGAUUGGAACCCCUAUCACUUAUCCACCCUUAUACAAUUAAAUUACAAGAGCAUCUCUUAUAUAGAGGUGUACCUAGUAUUGGGAGUAUGUUAUAGGGAGGUUUUGAUUUUUAAUGUAA